AUGGCUCUCCUUGUUAUUCUCAUCUUGCUUUUCUUGUACCCUUUGGGGAACAAUGGUGAGGGCCCACCUUCACCCGGAUACUACCCGAGCUACACAAUGGGUUCCAUAGGGUUUGAUCAAGGGUUCACAAAUUUGUGGGGUCCACAGCACCAAAGGCUCGACCAAGAGGAACUAACCAUUUGGCUCGACAAAACCUCAGGCAGUGGAUUUAAGUCGUUGAAUUCUUAUUCUUCUGGUUAUUUCGGUGCGUCAAUGAAGGUUCACCCUGGUUACACUGCCGGAGUCGACACAUCGCUUUAUCUAUCGAACAAUGAAGCCCAUCCAGGUGAUCAUGAUGAGAUAGACAUAGAGCUUUUGGGCAACAUAAAUGGGCAGCCUUAUGUUCUUCAAACAAAUGUCUACAUUAAGGGCAGUGGAGAUGGCAACGUUAUAGGACGAGAAAUGAAAUUUCACCUUUGGUUUGAUCCCACGCAGGAUUUUCACCAUUAUGCGAUCCUCUGGAAUCCCAAUCAGAUCAUAUUUUUUGUAGACGAUGUGCCAAUCAGAACGUAUCCUAGAAAAGAUGAGGCACCAUUCCCUACAAGGCCCAUGUGGGUUUAUGGAUCCAUAUGGGAUGCCUCUGAUUGGGCCACAGAGAAUGGAAAAUACAGAGCAGACUACAGUUACCAGCCUUUUAUUGGCAAGUUCAAGAAUUUCAAGAUAAGCGGCUGUGACGCCGGUGCAGCCGCCUGCCGGCCGGCCACCGGCUCCCCUUCCGGGGCAACAGGGCUGAGCCGCCAGCAGUAUGCGGCAAUGGCUUGGGCCCAGAAUAAUUACAUGAUCUAUGAUUAUUGUGGUGAUCCACAACGUGACCACAAACUCACACCUGAGUGUUAG